AUGAAGCAAAUGAACUUUCCGAAUAGAUGGUGUAAUUGGAUAGAAGGCGUUCUUUGUUCAGCUCGUUCUUCGGUUCUUGUGAAUGGAUCGCCUACCUUUGAAUUCAAUUGCGAAAAAGGUAUUAGACAAGGCGAUCCUAUAUCCCCGUUCUUAUUCUUGAUCGUUAUGGAGGGCUUGUCGUCGUUGAUAAGGAUGGCGUGUGACAAAGGUAUGUUCCAAGGUGUGCGAUUGAAUAAAGAUGGCCAUACUAUUUCACACCUCCUAUAUGCCGAUGAUGCUUUAGUUAUGGGCGAAUGGACUCAGAGUAACUUAAAUGCUUUGAAGAGAAUACUUCGUAUUUUCCACAUGUGCUCGGGCCUUCGAAUAAACUUGCACAAAUCGAAUUUGUUUGGUAUAGGAAAGAGUAUGGAGGACAUUGAUAUCGGCGCUAUUGGGAUGGGUUGUAAACCGGGGGCCUUCCCUUUCAAAUACUUGGGUAUUAUUGUUGGUGCAAACAUGAACCGAAUAUCAAACUGGGACUCGAUUGUUGACAUUUUCAAAAAGCGCCUAUCUUCGUGGAAGGCUAGUAUGGUUUCGAUGGCGGGUAGGGUGACCUUUAUCAAGGCGGUUUUGUAG